CACAAACUUGAAGAGGCUACGGUACGGUACUCUACUAGAGUACUAGUACCGUCGCCAUGUUGAGAUUCUGAUUCUCGACCAUGAACCUUUAAACCUGGAAUUACAUGCCUACUUGACUACACUCUAUUGACCGUCGACUCCUGGCCACCUAUCAUAAUAGGCUCUAAUAAAGCUGCUUUCUCGCGUCAUCAAACCUCAGGGAGGGCGCAACAGCGAAAACACAACCGACAGGCAAGCCGUGACACUUCUUGAUCAUUUUGAAGAACCAUGCCGCUUCUUGAGACUGAAAUAUCAGAGGAAUACGGAAGGGAGUUUGUGUACUUAGAUGACCUCCAGGACCUUUCGCCACUUCACAGCUUGGUGGUCACAGGAGCACCUUUGGCGAUGGUUCGCUUAGUCUACCAAGCAGAUCCAGCAGUGAUGACGGAUGAUGUCUUCCGGGAUGCCUGUUGGCAUUGUCCCAGGAGUGAUGUCAUUGAGUUUCUCAAGGGCCAUGUAGUGGAUCCCAGCGUACUUGAACCAAAAAGGAUUGCUGAGAUCAUGUGGUGGAUGCAGGAAAGAGGACAGCAAGAGAAGUUUGAGACUCUCUUUGUUGCGUUUCCAGAAGUCCUAAUGUAUUCCAACAAUCCUAAACAGACCAACAGCCCUUUUACCGAGGCAUUUAACAUAUUAACAGGUAAAUGUGAGAUCAGUGAUGCUUUCCUCAGCAAAAUGAUACAAUAUCUCCCAAUUUCUUCCAAGCGAAUUGACGUCUCCAUGCAUUGGACACCUGGUGAGAUGGAUGGAACAAGGUCAGCAUUGGCAUCGAAGGUGCAGGACAUGCCAAACCUAGAAUUUUUGAAAUUGCCAAUCCACUUGGGAGAUUCUAUUGAUUGUAACAUGGUUGAAGCAAUCUCCUCCAAAAUUGCAUCUGGUCUGUUGCAGUCUCUCGAAAUCGACUCCAGUAUGGAAUCUGAUACAGAAGAAGGGUUCUUUCUGCCACUUUUGAAUGCUUUAGCGAAAGCCGGCGAUGCCUCCAACCUGAAAGAGUUCAAGCUCACAGUACUGCAAGCUACCAGUGCCGGUACGAAGCAGACUGAUACAUACCAAGACCGCGUGAUUGAGAUCUUGCAGUGGAAUACAACUCUAACAAAUGUCGAGAUCAAUUGGUGCACAAAAUGGCGUACCAUACCCAAGAAAAGAAAAAAGGGGAAAGUCAUUGACUACUACACAGCACUCAAUCGCUGUGGUACUCAGGAAGGGAUCUGUGACAAACAGCUUGUCCCAAUGCUCUAUGGGCUCUUGCGGGAAGCACCUGACAAAUGGAUUUCCUCUUGUGGAGGAAAAGGCAACAAUGCUGCCGAGGAGAAGAGAUCGGGCCUCAAACGCAAAGCCUCCAGUUCCCUUGACCAAAGUGCUUUCAAGCGCUAGUUCCUUUUAUUGACUGCUUCAUCAUGACUUGACACUGGAUCGAGAUCAAUUUAUUUGCUGCAAAGCUCCACAGGCAGGCAGCAAUACUACCGACCGGUAAUACUUUCACAAAAGGCUGAUGCGCAUCAACCAGGGGUUUGGAAUCCUUUUAAAAACUAUCUAUUCCAAGUAAUCUAUCUGUAGCCACCAACCAGAAUCAUUC